CAAUGUAUUAGUUGUCAAUAUGUUGAAAUGCGUGAUAUGUACUGUGCAAAAAGUAUACUAGAUAACACCAGUCCUUACUAAACAAGAUAUAACGAUCGAUUAAAUGAAUUUAAAAAAAAUUUGUAGAUUUUUUACGAUCAUUUAAAUAAAAAAAUAAAAUUUAUAAAAAAACAAAAAAAAAAAAGAAAUCACUAAUUGUAAUUGAUAUUGACGUUAAAGUGAUUUAUUAAUUAGACGCUUUUGUGUGUCAAUCAGUCAAUCGUAAAAUGUGAGAAUGUAAAAAAGAAAAAAAAAAAACAAAAGAAAAAAAUGGUGAAAGAGUUGAAAAUGAUAGAACAAUUAUAUAACAAACAUGUGAUGAAAAAAUUCGCGUUAAAAUAAGACUACAUAUAGUGCGAUAAAACAUUUGUAUUUGAAUAAAAACAUAUUUUGCCGAUAUGAAAUGUAAUUAUGUUUAUUUAUUAAUUCAUUUUUGAUUAAUAAUUAUUCUAUUUAUAAAAAUAAUUCUAUAAUAUUCGAGAUAAAUUGCAGACGAUAUUGGCAAAAAUAAAAUAUUACUUAAUUAAAUAGAAAAGCUUUUUAUCAUUUAUCAAUGUUAUGAAUAAAAAUCGAUUUCAAUCGUGAUAGUGCUUUAUACUACAAGAAAUUAUCGUUCAUAUUUUCUGUGGUUAUUAUUCGAAACGCAUCUUCGUUUUUAUUUAUUUUUUGUUUUAAUUUAACUUUCAUUUAAUAUGAUUAAUAAAAUAAAUAUAACUAAAAAAUGGCAACCAUUUCGUGCGACUAAUUUUUUAUCACUUAUGUGGCCAUGUUUAAUACUUUGGAAAAUUCAUGGAGUGUUUCCAUACAAAUUUAAAACACCAACAUCAAUAAUUAUUUCAAAACCUGUAUACAUAUUUUCAAUAAUAAUUAUCAUCUUUUAUUUAAUAACAUAUUCAUCUAUUAUGUAUCACAUGGAUGUGACUGGAGAGCUAGAUUAUGACAGUGUUCCAGCAAUCUUGCAAGCAAAUAGUUAUUUAUCAUUUGGAUUUUGGAUAAUAAUAACAGCAUUUUUUCAACGUAAAACAAGAACUGAUUUUCUAGAAAAAUUAGCUAAAGAAUCGGUAAAAAUACCAGCUAAAAAAUAUCGUCAAUUAUCAAGAUUAAUUCAUCUGAAAGAUUUAAUUGGUAUUCUGUUUGUUUAUGCACAUUUUCCAAAUAUUUUCUCAUCAAGUUAUCCACUGAUUGGUUUUAAAGCUUUUGGAGUUUACACAACAAUUAUAGUAUAUCUAGUGAAUGCACUCUACACCAAUUGUGUCUUAAUAAUUCAUACUCAUUUUCAAAUAAUUAAUGAGAAAUUAAUUAAAUUAAAGUUUCAUAUUGAAAAUGAUGAAUGCCAUUUAUUACGACGAAUUUAUCAUGUACGUAAAAAUCCACUUAUUUUAAUGGAAAUUAAAAAAAUAAUAAAAGAACAUAAUGAUGUUUGUAAUUUAGUAUUACAACUUAAUUGUACUUUUUCAUUACAAAUGAUCGCCAUAGUUACCUUAACUUUUGCUGAAAUAACAUUUUCAUUAUAUUUCUAUAUUUUAAAAACCGUUGGAUUUAAAGAUAUUAAUCUUGAAAAGCAAAUAUGGUAUUCGUAUUUCAUAACGUCUGUAACAUAUUAUUCUGGAUAUAUCAUAACAGCCGUUGGUGUUUGUGAACAUGCUAAAGAUGAAGCAGACAAAACAGGAAUUAUUGUACAUGAGAUAUUAAAUAAUACUAUUGAUAAACAAAUAGCAGAAGAGUUACAAAUAUUUUCUCUACAAUUACUUCAUCGUAAGACAAAUUUUUUAGCCAAAGGAUUGGCACUUGAUUACACUCUUUUAACCUCGAUUGCAGGCGGUGUUACAACUUAUCUUCUAAUAUUAAUACAAUUUUUAAUAACUACAAAUUCAUGUCAAAUGAAUAAUAAUAGUACAACAACAAUCGCAAUAACAACAAUGGCUAAUAAUUGACGAUAAUUACCGAUAUUUUAUUAUCAACAGUAAUUACUAUGUUUUAUUGAAUGUACAAAUUUUCUUUAAAAGGUAAUUUCCCGUGAAAAACAAAUUCAGAUCUGUUCAGAUUAAAUUCAAUUUGAUAACCCGGAAACGAUUCAAAUCUGAUCAUAUCUAAACUUGCUUUUCACCGGUCGAUAAAAUAGUUUCUUAAAUGGACAAUUAUCAAUUGUCGGUAAUUUGGUGUUAUGAUUGAGGAAAUAUGUACAUUGCUGUCGAUAAAACAGUUUGGAAAUUGAUUAUUAUUUAAUUUUUUGUCAAUGUAAGAACGUCAUCUUAAUGUUAUUUAUUCAAGUUAAGUAUUCAACUGAUUGAAGAAGAGAAUACAUACACAUGAAAUCCUUGUGCAUAGCCAACAAGUGUAUUAUAUAGUAGUGCAGUGACUGAUACAACAGCUUUAACUUGUGACACACAAUAUUAUUAUUAGCGUAGUCAUUUCUACAAUAUCAUCUUGAAUUUUUUUUUUUUUUUGUUUUUUUCAUUAUUAUUAUUACAUUUAACAAUCUUAUUGUUUAAAUUUAUGAUAAUUCAAUUAGUACUAUUACAUUAUUAUACUGAUAA